CUCAAACUUGGCACCGGACGGAUGACGUGUAUGUUAGGGUCCUUCUGACUUCCGGGUGUGUAUAAACAGAUUUCAAACGGAGUCGCCUCGCCCAUAAAGAUGUCUAAAGUAACGUUUAAAAUCACCCUGACGUCGGAUCCUCGGCUGCCAUACAAAGUACUAAGUGUCCCAGAGAGCACACCAUUCACAGCGGUUUUGAAGUUUGCAGCUGAGGAGUUUAAAGUGCCGUCAGCAACCAGUGCAAUAAUAACAAAUGAUGGAAUAGGAAUCAACCCCGCUCAGACCGCAGGGAAUGUGUUUCUAAAGCACGGCUCAGAGCUUCGCCUCAUUCCAAGAGACAGAGUGGGAGGACAAGGAGACUGAUGCUGCCUUUUCCCAUCGACAUAAUGACUCACGCAGCAGAUUCAUGUAACACUUGAGACCCAGGAAACACCUCAGCGUGUGUCAUUUUUAUUUUCUGGCCCACCACUGACAGUGACUCACAUGAGAGUAUAUUUAAACAUAUUGAUGACGUGCGCAUGUUCCCUGUGUCAAGUUCGAAUGUUUGGAGUAACAUCAAGAGAGAGUAAGAGAGUCACACAACACAGCAUCUACAUCCCAGGAAAGAUUAGCAAACAACUGAGUCAACUGACUUUUGUAUCUUUGUAAAUGACAAUAAACGUGUUAUGAACAGCACAUGCUCAA